UUUUCUGGCAACGUUUAAAAAAGAUCUAUCAUGGCCGUUUGUAGAACGGCGUCAUAAAUACUAUCUGUUUAUUUGUGCGAAAUAGUGAUUUCUCCUUAUUAUAGUGUUUUUCAGUGGCAAGCAUUGAUAUCAUGUGAUUAGUGAUAUAUUGUAAAGCUGCGAAUGUGCGAUAAUGUAUUGAGAAUCAUAUCGCGUAACGAUGUCAAACAAUACAGUUGGCUCAUCGGGGCCAGCUCCCGGCAAAAUACGUGGACCUGGAAGACCACCGAAACGUACCUGCACUUGGUGCGCUGAAAGUAAGACGCCUCUCAAGUACGUUUGGCCGACAGAAAACAGUAAAAAAGAGUUUUGUUCGGAAACGUGUCUAUCAGAAUUCAGGCAAGCGUAUAGCAAAGGCGCCUGCCUUCAUUGCGAUACGGUUAUUCGAGGUAAUGCUCCCUCAAACAGUAAGAACUUUUGUUCUACGUACUGUUUAAAUAAAUAUCAAAAGAAAAAUGAAAAACGGACGACCUCUCCUCACUCCGGCAACGGAGCCAACGGCUCCGAAAAUCAUUCUAAUAACAACACAACUGGAACUUUCUAUGAUAUUUACCAGACUUUCGAUUGGGCGGAAUAUAUGAAAGAGACCAAUAGUACGGCUGCGCCGCAGGAAUGUUUCAAACAAGCACCAGUGCCACCUGAUAAUGAUUUCAAAAUCAAUAUGAAGCUCGAGGCUCUGGAUCCGCGCAACUUGACAUCGACGUGUAUCGCGAGCGUAGUCGGCGUGCUCGGACCGCGGCUGCGGCUGCGGCUCGACGGCAGCGACAACAAGAACGACUUCUGGCGGCUCGUGGACGCGGGCGACAUACAUCCAAUUGGACAUUGUGAGAAAAAUGAAGGCAUGCUACAACCUCCUCUAGGUUUUCGAAUGAACGCAAGCAGCUGGCCAAUGUUUUUACUCAAAACACUGAAUGGGGCAGAGAUGGCCCCGGCAAAGGUGUUCCAACCUGAGCCUCCAACUCCCAAAUCAAAUCUGUUUGUAGUUGGACAGAAGCUAGAAGCAGUAGAUAAAAAAAAUCCUCAGCUCAUUUGCUGUGCAACAAUUGGGGCUGUAAGAAAUGACCAGAUCCAUGUUAACUUUGAUGGCUGGAGGGGAGCAUUUGAUUACUGGUGUAAAUAUGAUUCAAGAGAUAUAUUCCCUGUUGGCUGGUGUGCCAGGGCUGGCCAUCCAUUGCAGCCACCAGGGCAGAAAAGUGCUACUACACCAUCCAGGUUUAAGUUCCGAACCAGUGGAAUACCAAAUCCAGCCUUACCAGAAGGUGGCUCCACUGGGGCUGGUAAUUCUACUACUAUCACAUCAACACCUGCGGCAACUGUGAGGUUGCAUAUCCGCAGUGGCUGCUCCGGGGGCAGCAGUUCCUUGCCCAGUGUGAUCUCAGGCUCCGGGCCGUCCGGGGCUGCAGAGGCUUUAGCUAAAGACUUGCUCAGUGUUCAUCCUGACCCUCAGAGGUUGACACGGGCUAUACUAACAGCAUCUAGUAGCUAUUCAAAUAUAAAUAAUGUACAGGUUUCAACAGGGAGUAAGAAUUACACAGUAAAAGUGCCAUCAGAACUAUCAACUGAUGAGUUGAAGAAUUGGCUGAAAGCUGUGUGCGAGGGACUGAACUGUUGCUUGGGGAUGAUAGAGAUAGAUUCAGGAGAUGCUGCAGGCCGGUCCUGUCAGUUGUGUGGGGAGUCGCCUUCAGAGAGUGUUUCUACGGCUGUCAAGAGGACUACAAGUGACGGAGGGUCGGCGGCGGGCAGCAGCGGCGGCAAGCUGGCGCGCGUGUCGGCGGCGGGCUGGGGCGUGGCGUCGUCCACCACGGGCGCGCCGCCGUGCAGCGCGGGCGCGCCGCCGCCGCCGGGCGCGGGCGCGGCGCCGGCGGACUGGUCGGUGGAGGACGUCAUCGGCUUCAUCGCCGCCGCCGACCCCGCGCUCGCCGCGCACGCCGACCUCUUCCGGAAACAUGAAAUCGAUGGAAAGGCGUUACUACUUCUCAAUUCAGACAUGAUGAUGAAGUAUAUGGGUUUAAAGCUUGGCCCAGCUCUAAAAAUCUGUAAUUUAGUAUCAAAAAUAAAAAAUCGCCGGCAUUAUAGCACCUAGACUUACAAUAAGCCACUCUUAGAGUUUGAAACUAUGAGUUUCCUAAGUUUUAUAAGUAUUAAGUACUUACAUGCAUUUCAACUAUAAAUGCUUCGCCUAAAGUUUCAGUUUCACCUGAAUCUCAGCAUUUUAAAUUAUCUUGUGUAGAUGUAAAAGACAUUGCUGCUACGAGAUUAUAGUGACAGAAAUAUAAUGGUUUUUCAUUGUUAAUUGAUAUUACACUUAUUUAAUUGAGUUACUGUUUCACGUAUCCAGCCGAAAAUUAUGUACCUACACAUAAAGGAAGAUUUGAUGAACUGUAAAGGCCUUUUUAUCACACAAAAAAAAGGUUAUUCUCAGUUUCUUUGCUGUAGAAUCUCCAGGCAAAAAAUGUGUACCUACCUACAGGUCUUUACCCAUAGGUAUAUAAUUAUUUUAUGGUUGAAAACACUUGUAAUGAAUUACUUUAAAAAUUUAAUUAUUAUUGGAUAAUUUACAUUUAUUUUGUGAAUUUAUCUACUUAGUCAUGUAUAUAAAUGAGUUAUAUUAAAUGCAUUUAAUGUAGUUAGUACUCAUCUUGCAUAAUCAAAAGAUGUAUUGCAAUGUUUAAUAUUUCUGACUAUUAGGUAAGUACUUGAAAUUGUAUGUAUAUACUAACUGUUAUGUUAUUGGCUAGUCGAGCGUAUGCUAUUUGCCAGAAUCAUAGUUCAUAAGUUCAUGCAGAUUUUGAAUUUCAGUAAAUACAGUGUACAGAAAGUUUAUUGUAGAUUAGGGUCUUAGUGCCUUUCACCAUUUAGGUGGGUUUAAAGAUAUCCACAAUGUUAACCAUGGAAAUUAAAGACAUGUAAGCGCUCAAGGACACCAAUAAAUGUAGCUGUGAUUUAAUAAUACAAAUGCAGAAUUUUUCAAUAUUCUUAUUGUGUCAAAUAAUAUCGCUUCCAAUGUUGACCUAGCGCCCCGUUGUACUGUAUUACUUUAUGUUCCUUCCCGAUAUCAUAACUAGAAUAUAAAUGACAUAAUAGUAUUUUAAAUUUAAACUGUCGUAAGUCACACUGACACUAUUUAACUACUACAGUUUAUAAAGUUGCGCGUCGCGGUCGCGGUCGCCGUUCGAAACUUGCAACUGUAGUAGUGGAAUAGUAAAAAUCUAAAGCUAUGCUUUGUAUAUCUAUGAUAUUUAAUUAUAAUUUGCCAUUUUGAAGUUGUAAUUAACAUUAAUAUUUAAAUAUUUCACCAUGUGAUAUUUCCAUGUUAUCUGUUAUCGUGAUAAAUGAUUAAAAAUAUUAGAAUAAUGUUGAUUUAUUCAUUACGUGAUGUAUACUUUUUAAGUUUUGUCAUGACAUGAUAACUACUAAGCCCGAAAAUUUAUAUAUAAAGCCUGUACUGUUGUUGUAUAUAUAUAUUUGGUAUUAUAAUGUUAUUUUCCCGGCGUAUCGUAUGUGUAGGAGAAGUCCGAUUUAUUUUAAGAUACCUAGGUAUUUCCUUAAUUAUACUUUUUAAUGGGCAACUUAAAGUAUAUGUUUGUGAUAUCCGCGUGAUGUGUCGACUGAGUAAACGUCCUAUUUGGUUUAUAAAGCUCAUCAUAACAUAAUGUAGGUAAAUAGAAAAGCAAUAAAAUUAUCCAUAUAUGUAUAAUUCAAGGUAUUGGGUGUUUGCCUAUGAUUGUGUGUAUAUAUUAGGACACCAUGUAAAACCAUAGAAAUUGAUGAAAUCUCGAGGCAAAUUCUUUUACAUAUUUUAUUACAGUAGAAACUAAAUUUAUUUUAUGUACAUAAGCGAAUUAAAUACAACAUUGUAUAAAUAAAUAAAUCUAAAGUGCGAA